AUGGCCUCCACCGAGCCCACGAAGCACAUUGCCACAGCAGCGCCUAGGUUCCUCGUUAUUGGCGCCGGGUCUCGUGGCAACGCUUAUGCUCGCGCUGUCACUAAUGCAACACCCGGCGUCAUUCAUGCUGUUGCAGAGGUGGAUGCUUUCAAGCGCCAGGGGUUUGGGCGGAGCUAUAUCUGGGGCAGCGAACCUCCAGGGGAGGGACAGGAGUUUGCUGACUGGAAAGAAUGGUUGCAGUGGGAAAAAUUGCGUAGGGAAAAGGAGAAGGAAGGGGGUGGGGAGCAGCCAAAGGGUGUCGACGGGGUGUUUAUCUGCACCCUAGACGAGAUGCAUGUGGAGAUCCUGCUCGCCAUAGCCCCCCUCAAUCUUCACAUCCUCUGUGAAAAGCCCUUGGCGACAUCGCUCCAAGAUUGUCUUGCUAUCUCCCAUGCUUUCAAUGAGAAUAACCUCUCCAAGUCAAAAAUAUUUUCCAUAGGCCACGUCCUGCGCUAUAGUCCACACAACCAGAUUCUUCGCCGGCUGCUGCUCGAGGAUAGAGUUAUUGGCGAGAUUACGUUCCUCGAACAUACAGAGCCCGUGGGCUGGUACCACUUCGCACAUAGCUUUGUGCGCGGCAACUGGCGCCGCGAAACUCAAGGCGGAGACGGCAGUCUCCUGACAAAAUGCUCCCACGACAUCGAUUUUAUCCUCUGGCUUCUCUCCUUCCCACCGCCAGGAGCCCCAGAUGACUACCCACGUCAUACACCCCAAUCCAUCUCCUCGACAGGCUCAUUGACCCAAUUCCGCCAAGCGGGUAAACCAACGGCGGCUGGAGAUGCAACAAACUGUCUCUCCUGCCCCGCUGAAAAAGACUGUAUCUAUAGCGCCAUUAAAAUCUAUAAAGACCGCUUCCUCUCCAAGGGGUUAACGAAGUGGCCCGUUCAUAUCGUCUGCCCAGAUAUUGAAGACACCUUCGAGACAUCCGGGAUGGCCGCAGCAGAAUCGCUACUCAUGAAAACCUUGGCAGAGGACUACGACAAAUCCACAACUCCGGAUGCUGUAGUUGCCGCACGCCCCUGGUUUGGCCGCUGCGUCUAUGAAUCUGACAACAGCGUCAUUGAGAACCAGGUCGUCUCCAUCUCCUGGGCGGAUGACCCACUCCCGCUACCUUCCGCAGCAACAGCAGGGCAACAAGACUUGCACACCCGCCUGCGCGGACGAGGCGCUAAAACUGCUGUCCUCCAUAUGGUCGCAUCGACGGAGGCACAGUGCGAGCGUCGGGGGCGCGUUUCUGGUACGAAGGGUGAAUUAACCUAUGACAGCAAAGCAAUAUCUGUGUAUGAUUUUGGCAGUGGGGAGAGGGCCAUUACGAACGUGCCGGAGCCUCCGCCAGAAGAGACGGAAUCGCACGGUGGAGGGGAUUAUGGGCUGACGAGGGCGUUUGUGAGGGCGGUAGAUUCCGUGGAGAAUUUGGGAUGGGAGGCUGAGAGGGCACAGAGGGCGUUUGUUGGCUGUUCAUUUGAGGAGGCAGUGAUUAGCCAUGCGACUGUGUUUGCGGCGGAGGAAGCGAGGAGGGAGGGGAAGGUUGUUAGGUGGCAGGAGUGGUGGGCGGGGAAGCGACGGUGA